AUGACUAACCUUUACAUGGGUUUUGAUCUUUCUACCCAGCAAUUGAAAUUAACAGUUAUCGAUGAGGAUAGUAAAAUAGUACUUGAAGAUUCGGUACAUUUUGAUAAAGAAUUGCGGCAUUAUGGGACUCUAAAUGGCGUUGUAGCAGAUGGAUGCAUUGUUACUUCUCCAGUCUUAAUGUGGGUUGAAUCUGUCGAUUUGUUACUUCAUAAAUUAAAAUCACAAGGCUUUCCUUUUAACAAAGUAAAAGCUAUAUCUGGAGCAGCUCAACAACAUGGAAGCGUGUAUUGGUGUGACUCUGCUCUCGACACCUUGACCUCCUUGGAUCCAUCCAAAACUCUAGUCUCACAACUGGCCAAUUCAUUUACAAUCCCAAAUUCUCCAACGUGGCAAGACUCGAGUACCUAUAUACAGUGUAAAAACUUGGAAGAAUUAAUUGGUGGCCCAGAAAUGUUAAUGGAUAUAACAGGGUCAAGAGGAUUUGAAAGAUUUACUGGCAAUCAAAUCGCAAAGGUAAGAUAUGCACCAAUCGAUGUUUCAGAUGGUUCAGGAAUGAAUUUACUUGAUAUUCGUGAGAAAACCUGGGAUAAUAGAUUGUUAGAAAUAUGUAGUAAUGAUCAAAUUAUUGAUAAUAUUAGACAUGAUAAUGAGGAUAUAAGAAAUCGAGAAGAAUUAAAAUUGAAGCUUGGGGACCCUGUGAUUGAUGGAUUGAUGUUUCUAGGGAAUAUUAAUGAAUACUUUGUUAAGCGAUAUAAAUUUAGUAAAGAUUGCAAAAUCAAUUCGUUCACGGGUGACAAUCCUGCAACUAUGCUGUCUUUCUAUCUGCAACCUGGAGACGCCAUAAUUUCGUUAGGAACGUCGGACACAGUACUCAUAUAUACGACCAUAGCAUCACCUACAUUGGAAUCUCACACUUUAUACCAUCCCAUUGAUCCAGAUGCUUUCAUUUCUAUGUUAUGUUACAAAAAUGGGAGUUUAGCCAGAGAGUAUGUGAGAGAUAUGUACUGUCCAAAAGCUUGUGUAAGUAACGAUCCGUGGUUAGAGUUUAGUGAGCGCCUCGCUGCCACAUCGCCAGAUCCCGCAAAAAUCGGGUUUUACUUUUUAUUUCAGGAAAUAAUUCCAUUUGCUAAAGGAAUUUACCGAUUCUAUGAUAAAAAGUUGGUCGAAGAAUUUAUGGACUCGCCUGAAUAUAAUAUUAAGGCCAUAAUCGAAUCACAAUUUAUGUCUAUGAAGUUAAGGACGAACCAACUGACAGGAGGUAAUGUAAGAGACUUACGUGACAAUCACGAAAGGGAAAAAGGGAAUGUUGCCAAAAGAAUCUUGGUUGUUGGAGGUGCAAGCAAGAAUAAUGAAAUAUUGCAAGUUCUGGCAGAUAUAUUUGGCGUUGACGUGUGGAGAUGCGCUAAUGGAAAUUCUGCAUCUUUUGGCGCAGCAACCAAAGCUAGAAUGGCAUUUUUAAGAACAAUAGAAGCACCCGGAGUCUUUGGAAUGAAUAGAAAGGAAUUUCCCACAAAUGCGAGAAAUUUAAAUAAUUGCGAACUUGUAGCUAAGCCAAGAAAAGAGUACCAUGCAAUAUACCUGCAAAUUAUGGAGGAUUAUCAAGAGUUAGAAAAGAUUGUUAUUGAAAAGCAAAAUUAUUCUCAUUAA